ACAAUCUACAAAUUGUGACACAUCUGAAGUGUGGGCUUUAACACAAAGAGCAGCCAACAAGGUGGUCAUUUUAUGCAAAGGAGGAAGAUUCAGCUGAGGCACAUUUGUUGUGCUGUGUUGCAAAGAUGCAGUCAAGUCAGCUCUACUGGAUUGUUUGGUUGACGGUGAUGACUUCCUUGGCAUAUGCAGAUCAUCCAAAGGUGACACUAACAAUGAAGAAUCAGAAGGACGUAGUUUACGAGGGUGAGAAUGUGACUCUGGAGUGUAGCAUUGAGAGUGACAUGCCUAACUGGAAAUAUCGCUGGUAUAAAAGUCAUUUAGACACAUGGAUGGAAAUGUGUGUCAUCACUAAAGACACUUACACACUUGAGAGGAUGUCCUCACUUGACAGUGGAGAGUACUGGUGUGCAGCUGUCAGAGAUGAUCAUCCUUACUACAUAGAGUUGAGCAAUAAUGUGACACUGACUGUUCAAGGCAAUCCAAAGACGACACUGAAAAUGAAGAGACCUGUGCACAUCGGAGACACACUGACCCUGAAAUGCAGCAUUGAGGGCAGCUUUACUGACUGGGCAUACAAGUGGUACAAACUGAACUGGGCAGGAGGGAGUGAUUUACUUAGUGGCACCACUGGAGACACUUACACGGUCCAGUCUGUGACUCAGUCUGAUACUGGAGUGUACUGGUGUGCUGGUGACAGAAAUGUGCUUCCUUAUUUCUCUGAGCCCAGCAAUGCUGUCACACUAAAUUUUCAAGAAAAACUAAAAGUCACACUAAAGCUGAGAACUCAGAAGGAAUUGAUUUACGAAGAAGACAAUGUGACUCUGGAGUGCAGAAUUGAGGGGGGCUUACCUGGCUGGAGAUAUCGUUGGUUCAGAUCCUGGGCAAACGCGUGGAAGGAGAUUACUGACAUCACUGGAGACACGUACAUGGUGAAGUUUGUGAGCUCCUCUGACAGUGGAGAGUACUGGUGUUGGGCUGUCAGAGACGAUCCUCCUGAUUACUCAGACGUCAGCAAUGCUGUGACACUGAAAGCUCCAGAUGAAUUAAAGGCGACAGUGAAAAUGAGGAAUGAGAGGAAACCUGUGUACAUUGGAGACAACGUCACCCUGGAAUGCAACAUUGAUGGGGGCUUAAAUAGCACUAAAUACAAAUGGGAGAAAGAAAUUCGGUGGACUGAUCUUCGCCGUGUCUCUGGAAACACUGUGACAGUCCAGAAUGUGACUCAGUCUGAUAGCGGAGCGUACUGGUGUUACGGCUCUUCACCAGUCUCAUAUCUCAGUGAUGUUUUACUUCUGACUGUUCAAGCGAAACAAAAAGUGACACUGAAGAUAAAGAAUCCGAAGGUGCCACUUAGCAUUGGUGACAAAGUGAUUCUGGAAUGCAGCAGUGAGGGUGACUUAUCUGGCUGGACAUAUCGUUGGUACCACUGGAGCCAGGAAGGCGUGUGGAAUGAGCUUAAGAGCAUCACUGAAGACACCUACACUGUCCAGUCUGUGGCUCAGUCUGAUUUUGGAAAGUACUGGUGUUACGCUUUUAUAGAAGAUCCUGACCAGUACACCAAGUUCAGCAAUGCUGUGACACUGAAAUGAUCAAGGUAAGCGUGUG